AAUCCAUAGUCGGAAAAUGAAACAAUUCAGAGGUCUGAAAUAGGCUACGUCUCUUCAAAGUUCUUUCCUUCUGCUUUAUCCAUAUCUAUCCAAAUAGCAACCUUCCCAUCAUCAUGCCAAAUAAACUACACUUUCAUUUCUCCUACACAAUGAGCACACUGCAACCUACUUCUACUACUACUGCUACACUAUCUUCUUAAUGUAGCAUGUGUUACAUUCUCCUUCUUUCUCCUCAGCUAUGGAAUUUGCAAGGAGCAUGUUUUGUUCGUCUCCACCGUUUCCUCCAAAAACUCAUCAUUGGAACACUCUUCCUUCGUCUUCUUCUACUUCUGUUUUGAUGCUUCGCGAACAAGCUUCCCCUACAGUUGCCUCUUGGUCUUCUAGUAUUUCAGCACAGAAUUUUCCUACCUCAGUUCUUUUACAAGAGCAGCGUGAUGAAUAUAGGCCUCUGUUGCACAUGUCUAAGGAAGACAAGUCAUCGCAGGCAAUUUUAAAUACAAGGCAGAUGGAUAUGGCCUCGGUUCAUGAAACGAAUAACAUUGUCAAUACUGAUCAGGUAGUGCUUGACUUUAGGAAGCACCUGCAUCUCUGGCCUCGUUUACAGAGCUUAUUAACUUCCCCACCAACAGGAGAAAUUGCUGCUUCAUCAACUCUACAGCAUGUUUCUAUCGACGCAGAGAGGCCUACAGAUGGUGUGCAAUGUAAUGGAGUUUCUCUUGCUAAGAAAGCUUUGUCUGGCUCAAAACAUGCAUCCUCAGUAGUUGAAGACUUGAAAUCAUUUAAAGCUGAUGAUGAUUCAAUUCCUUGUGGUCUGGCCUCUACUAGUUUGGCUGACCCUUCACUUGGAAGCAAUAAAACUGUGAGGUCAACACGGCUUCUAGAGAGACGGUUGAAACAAAGAAAAGUACCUAAGUCAAAAGUUAAAGAUGAUGAAACCUACCUUGCUAGAAAGAAUGAUGCAAAGGAAAGGUUACGCAUGGAAAGGAAGAUAAAUGAAGAAUUUGAUCAAAAUGAUCCCCUGCGCUCGUUCUUGUGGGCUCCUGAAACGAAACAACUUCUAACACUUGAACAAGAAUCUCAAUUGAUUGCACAGAUACAGGACUUACUGAGAUUGGAAGAAUUGAAAACCCGGCUUCAAUCUCAGUUUGGAAGGGAACCAACUAUGGCUGAAUGGGCUGAGGGUGCAGGACUUAACUGUCGAAUGCUGCAUGCACAACUUCGUUGUGGUAACAGAAGCAGAGAAAAACUGAUUCAAGCAAAUUUACGCAUGGUAGUUCAUGUUGCUAAAACUUAUCAGGGGCGUGGUCUCAGCCUUCAGGACUUAUUACAGGAGGGAAGUAUGGGUCUUAUGAAGAGUGUUGAAAAAUUUAAUCCCCUAGCCGGUUGCCGAUUUGGUAAUUAUGCAUUCUGGUGGAUAAGGCAGGCGAUAAGGAAGGCUGUAUUUCGACAUUCCAGGACAAUCCGUCUGCCGGAGAAGGUAUAUAUCCUAUUGGGAAAGGUAAUGGAAGCAAAGAAGUUGUACAUUCAAGAAGGAAAUCUUCAUCCGACCAAAGAAGAGUUAGCAAGAAGAGUAGGAAUUACAGUAGAAAGGAUUGACAAUUUAUUAUUUGCUGCAAGAGUUCCAAUUUCUAUGCAGCAAACUGUGUGGGCUGACCAAGAUACAACUUUCCAGGAGAUUACUGCAGACACCACAAUUGAAGCCACAGAUGUGAGUGUUGAAAAACAGCUUAUGAGGCGGCACGUGCUUAAUGUCCUAAGUAUCUUGCUCCCCAAAGAAAGGAGAAUAAUCCGGCUAAGAUAUGGUUUUGAGGAUGGCCAACAGAAAUCUUUAUCAGAAAUUGGAGACAUGUUUGGUUUGUCUAGGGAAAGGGUUCGUCAGUUGGAGAUCAGAGCACUAUACAAGCUUAAAAAGUGCCUUAAGAAACAAGGGCUUGAGGCAUACGUAGACUUGCUUAUAUGAGUAGGGUUAAGUAGUUCACAGCUGAGACUUCCGGAAUUUGAACAAUGCCAACAUCCAACUUUUGAAGGCAAAUUUAGUGUUAAAACGUUCUGGGUGAAGACAAUCCAGAGAGGCCUAGUGCUCCAUCAAGAAAAUUGAAGUGCCUAUGUAUCAAAGAGGAGAUGAGGGUUAUACAAUCGUGAACACGGGAAAACGUUGAAAUUAUCUUUAUUCUUAAAAAAGAUUUUUUAACAUUACAUAAAUAAUAUCUUGUAUACGGCCUGACUUGUAUUCUAAGAUUAUUUUGAUUUAGUUUUCAUGAUAACGUAUUUUGCUUGGAAAGUUACAGUUUUACAAUAUAAACAAACAUUAAUAUCUUCACGUAUAAUGAGCAAGUAUAUUGACUGUCC